UUUUACGUAAAGAAAAAAGAUUAAUAAGAAUUAUUUAAUUUAUCGAGGUGGCGCGCAAAAGUUCCAUAUUAUUUCGAUACCUUAAGAAUUGUCAAUCUUUUGAAUCGCUUGAUAUAAUCGAUGACUUAACUGUGGAAUUACAGUUUAUGUUCAAAAUAUUGUACGUGUGAAAUUACAUGUUUAGAUACGAAUUGUGUAAUUUUUUUGUCUUCCUCGUGUUUUUCAAAAUAAAAGGUUAUUGUUAAAUACGAUUAUUCAGGUUUUCAUUGCAAGCCUCAUUAAAAGGAUACUUAAUUAUGGAGAUAUCCAAAUUUAACAUAAACAAUGUCUUAAACUAUAUAUGCGCCGUACAAGUAUAAUAUAAAUACUAUAUAUAACUACGAGAUUUAAAAACAGAAAUUCAAUAGAGCAUACUUAAUGGACAUAGCGAAUGAACUUACCCAAAUUUUCUAUAUGUCACAUUGGCUUUUUCUCUAUAAUCAUGAUAAUGUUUGAGUUUCUAAAAAAGCUAUUCGGAUGGGCAGAUGAAGGAUCAAGGAAGCGUAAAGCCAGUGAUUCUUACAACUGUGAAAAGGAGUAUAUAUUACCUAAGAAGCAAUGCUGUGGUCAUAAUAAAAUUCUCAACAUAAAGGAUUUUUUUGAAAGUGAUGAUAGUGAAAAUGAUGAUGUUGAAUUUCUGACGGAAACGAAAUAUUCAAAAAAUUCAUCCAGUAGACUAAAUGGUACUCAUAGUAAGAAAUGUUACUCAUCUUAUGAGAAUUUACCUUCUACUUCCAUUUCUAAAUCUCCUUUUUCUACAUCUAAUUGCAAUAAAGUAAACAUGUUAUAUUUUGCAAGUAAAGAAAACAAAGUAGGUAAAAUGAACAUGGACAAAUGUUCUACACUUAUGAAUACUAAUCAAUUAAAGCAAAAAAAUCAGUAUGGGGAAUUGCUGCAAAAUUUUCUUCCACAUAGGAAAUUGAAUGCAGUGCAAAGAAUGUCGGACGAAUGUCAACCUAAACAAAAAUGUGAUAAAGUUAUUGAAAUAGACAAGAUUAUUAAAUCAAGCUCAUAUAAACCACAAGUUAAGUCCAAUACUUCAUCACCCGCUUGCUGUUCAAGAUUGUCAUCAACAAAUACAGCAACGAAAGAAAACGAGAGAAUAGUUCCUAUAAUGAAAACAAAUAAUGCAGAAGAUUCUCUUCAAUCAACUCCCAAGGAGAUAGAAAUUAUCAAAGUUAUUAAACGUACAGUUGCAAAGCCUAUACAAAAUAAUUAUAUUGAAACUAUAGCAACCAAUUCGUUACGUGAUAAACUGGCAGCUAAAUUUGUAACGAGGGAAGAUUUUGUUCCGCAAGUAGAACAACGCUAUAAUGAACGUAUUGAACAACGUAAUAAAGAAGCUAGAGAGCUCAAAAAGAUGACGUGCGCCUUAUCAAAACAAAAUCAAUUAGCGCUAGAAACAGCUUUGGAAGAAAGAUUAGCACGUUCUAUGAGAUUAUGCGAAGUGGUAUUAGAUGAAACGGAGGAACCAGAAGAACCACCAUUACCUACUCUUACGGAUGAAAUGUUGAAAGAAGUUAAAAAUGCUUUUGUACCUAAACCACCUGACGAAGUUUUAAUAGAAGCUCAUGGAUUGAGGAUAACAAGAAAAGAUAUUAAUACUUUAGCAGAUUUAAAUUGGUUAAAUGACGAAGUCAUUAAUUUUUACAUGAAUUUAUUAAUUGAUAGAGCUACAAACGACAAAUUUCCUAAAAUUCAUGCAAUGAAUACAUUCUUUUAUCCAAAAUUACUUUCUGGUGGACAUUCAUCUCUAAAGCGAUGGACAAGAAAAAUCGACAUAUUUGCCCAAGACAUUAUAGUUGUUCCUAUACAUUUAGGUAUCCACUGGUGUAUGUCAAUAAUUGAUUUUAGAGAUAAGUCUAUAUGUUAUUACGAUAGUAUGGGUAGCAGUAAUCCUAAGUGUUUGUCAGCAUUACGACAGUAUCUCGAAGAAGAAAGUAUGGAUAAAAAGAAAAAAUCAUUUGAUACAAGUGAUUGGAAAUUAAUAUCCGCUAAGAACAUUCCACAACAAAUGAAUGGAAGUGAUUGUGGUGUAUUUUCUUGUAUGUUUGCAGAAUAUAUAUGUGCAAAUAGAAAAAUAACAUUUACUCAAGAGGAUAUGCCGUAUUUUAGAAAUAAAAUGGCUUAUGAAAUUUUGAAAAACAAACUUCUGUAA